AUGGUGUCUCAAAAGCUGGAGAUUUGCAUCGAAUUAGUGAAGUUUGCCGUUGUUUUUGUAGCCACCGUGGCCGAAUCAGUAGAAAAGGCUUUCCGUAAGCCUUUGCCGGCGCUUCCGGCAGCUCAUGAUAGUCGCCGGAAUAGUUACUCGGGCGUUCCUAUUCCUCUUGUUGGAUUCAUGAGUUCCCGUGCCAUGUGCCGUUUUUGA